AUGGAAGACGUUCGUGCACUCCUCUUCGAUGUGUUUGGCACUUGCGUCGACUGGAGGACGACAGUGACCAACGCCCUAGUUCAGCAAUGCCGAGUGGCUUUGAUGAGAAGAUCAGCAAUCAUCACCAACGAUGUUCGGGCCAAAGCAAACGCAAUGAGCACCGAAGACUGGGGCAGUUUUGCUCAAGAGUGGAGGAGCAGCUACUACACAUUCACUCGGUCUCUUGCAGCAGAUUCAUCACUCAACUGGAAGACAGUGGACGACCAUCACCUCGAAUCUCUGCAUGAGUUACUGGUCAAGCAUGGUCUGGGUCGCGAAGAUGGCGACCUCGGAGGUCUCUGGAACAAGGAUGAAGUCAAGGAGAUGAGUCUCAUCUGGCACAAGCUCGACCCUUGGCCUGACACUGUUGCUGGUCUCGAGGCCUUGAACACCAAGUACGAGACUUGCACACUCUCCAAUGGAAACAUUUCUCUCCUCAAAGAUAUGCAGCAGCAUGGCGGUAUGCCCUUCAAGCAUACAUACUCUUCUGAGCUGUUCAAUUCAUACAAGCCUAAUCCGGCCAUCUAUCUGGGAGCUGCGAAGAGGCUGGGCUUGAAGCCGAGUCAGUGCGUCAUGGUCGCUGCCCAUCUGGGUGAUCUUGAAGCAGCGAAGGGUUGUGGUUAUCAUACCAUUUACGUCGCGCGAUCGCAGGAGGAAGAGAAGAAGAACGAAGAAGAAGCUAGAGAAAAAAGCUUUGUGGAUGUUUGGGUUGGUAUUGAUGAGAAGGGGUUCGUCUCUGCAGCGGAGAGGCUCGGAAUUCAUGUAUAA